AAGCGUCCUCCAUUAACAUCUUGUUUGUGUGUAUAUGUUUGUGUGUAUUUUACCGCCAAACUGCAGCAUUUCAUCUAUUAUAUAAACCCUAACAUGCUUUUAAAACUUUAAAUACUGAGAACUUCGAUUCUAUUAUCUGUUGAUUGAUUGAUUUUUAAGAAAUCAAUGGCUUCGAACACAGGAGACGACAAAGACUUCUCUGGAAGUGACGCUGGCGACGGCUUCGAAGAGGACAUGGAAGCCCUAAGGAAGGCGUGCAUUCUCAGCGGGACCAACCCUGAUGACAUUCCGUGCCCCUCAGCCACGGCCACCACCGUUCCAGGUGGCGCCUUCUCUGACUCUGACGACGAUGACGACCUCAAAUUGGUCCGUAGAAUACAGGAGCGGUUCUCGAUUCCCAUCGACGAUGAUGCUUCACUCAAUAUGAAGCCCCUGUGUUCGCUUCCGCCGGUUACCUGGGACGAUGAUGAUGACGAUUUCGAGAUUCUACGGGCAAUCAAGAAGCGGUUCGGUCGGUAUGAUAAUGGCAGUCAGAAACACGGCACAGAGAGUUACUUACAUAAACCUGAGCAGGUUCAUACCACCAACAUAUCCUCGGAGAGGUACCCUACUGAUAAUUUGUCAGCAGACAGAAGUAAUGUUUUUGAAGGAUGUCCAGAUUGUGUGGAUCCUUGUACCAUCACCCAGAAUUUGGAAUCAUUGAGUAAGAAUAUUCCUGGGACCCAGCUUUCUGGUUUAAUUGACUGGCAUGAAUUAGGUGGUCAUGAUUUAGCUACCUUGCCUUCUAGAGAUUCUAGGUUCCCGAAAUCUGCACUGGUGUUCAUUGAUGCCAUUAAGAAGAACAGGUCCUGUCAGAAAUUUCUUAGAAGUAAGCUGAUUCAGAUAGAAGCAAGGAUUGAGGAGAACCAAAAACUGAAGGACCGUGUUAAAAUCCUCAAAGACUUUCAGUUUGCUUGCAGAAGAAAAACUGGGCGAGCAUUGUCCCAGAAGAAGGAUGCUCGUGUGCAAUUAAUUUCAGUGCCAAAGCAAAGAGCAAAUGCAAAGGUUAAUGAGAAAAAGGUUCCUGCUAUAUAUUAUGGCCCUGCGGAGAAUUCUCAUGUUUCUAGUUAUAGAAUGGCAUUGACAAAAUUUCCAGUCUCAUUCAGUCGGGAAAAGUGGACAAAUAAAGAAAAGGAAGAUCUUGCAAAGGGAAUAAAACAACAAUUUCAAGAAGCGUUGCUUCAGAAAUCAGUUGAUCAAUUCAGUGGUGUUGGGAAUUCUUCAGGAGUUGCAAAUGAUUUUGACAGCAUUAUUGAAUCUAUCAGGGAUCAUGAUAUCACCCAUGAUAAUAUUAGAUUAUUUCUGCCCAAGGUUAACUGGGAUCAAUUGGCUUCCAUGUACAUUCCAAGUCGCUCUGGAGCAGAAUGUCAAACAAGGUGGCUGAACUGUGAAGACCCCUUAAUCAAUCACCAUACGUGGACUAACUUGGAGGAUAAGAAUCUUCUGCAUAUUGUCCAACAGAAGGGGAUCGAAAACUGGAUUGAUAUCGCAGUAUCACUGGGAACCAAUAGGACACCAUUUCAGUGUUUAGCACGAUAUCAAAGAAGUUUAAAUGCUAUGAUACUGAAAAGCGAGUGGACUGAGGCUGAGGAUGAUAAACUUCGUGCUGCUGUAGAAACUUUUGGCGUGAGUAAUUGGCAGCUAGUAGCUUCUACUUUGGAAGGAAGGACGGGUACCCAAUGCUCUAAUAGAUGGAAACAAUCCCUUAACCCGGCCAGGCAAAGGGUAGGGAAAUGGACUCCAGAUGAGGACAAACGCUUAAAGGUGGCUGUAAUGCUUUUUGGGCCCAAAACCUGGAAGAAAAUAGCUCAAUAUGUGCCUGGUCGGACUCAAGUACAGUGUAGAGAAAGAUGGGUCAAUUCCUUAGAUCCUUCUUUAAAUCUUGAUAAAUGGACUGAAGAAGAGGAUUCAAGGUUGGAAGCAGCAAUUGCAGAACAUGGAUAUUGCUGGUCUAAAGUUGCUGCAUGUGUGCCUCCACGUACUGAUAGUCAGUGCCGGAGGAGAUGGAAAGUGUUGUUUCCACAUGAAGUGCCUUUGCUUCAAGCGGCUAAAAAUAUACAGAAAGCUGCUCUCAUAUCAAAUUUUGUUGAUCGGGAGUCUGAACGACCUGCCUUGGGACCUAAUGAUUUCGUUCCAUUAACUCUGACGAAUUCGAUUCCUGAAUCUGAAAAUGUAAAUCCUUCUGAGAAACGGAAGAGGCAGUCGAGGAGGCGGCUAGAAUCCAAGGCAAAAGCCAAUUCUUCUAGCGACAAAAAAGAAAAGAGUGAGAAAGUUUCAAGGUUAAUGAAUAAUGAGCUUGAGAACUCCGGUCGGGGUGAUGCCACUUCAAAGAAGAAAAGAGCGAGAAAGUCAUCAUCACUUUGUCCAGAGCCAACACUGUCAACAAUAACCAAUAGUAAAGAUGUCGGGGCAUCUGAUAGGGAUAGUGCUACAAAGAAGAAAAAAGCUCCUUCUGGGAGACAGAAGAGGAAAUCAAGACUGAGGGCUGAACCCAAGGAAUUUGACAUAGCUUCUGGCAACAAUGCCAUUUCAGAGAAGAGAACACUAGCAAACCCAUUUUCAAAUGAGAAUAAAGGUAGUGGUCCAACAAAAGAGCAGCCAUUAUCCUGUCCAGAUUCGAACUUAUUAAUGAUCACCAAUGGUGAAGAAGCUUGUGUAUCUGGCAGGGCUGAUGCUACAAAGAAUAAAAAGUCUUCUAAAUUACAUCCAAGGAAGAAAAAAUGCAUUGAACUACCCAAGGAAGUUCCAGAAAUAACAAACUCUGAUGAGGUUGAGACCUUUGGUGGAAAUUAUUCCAUUUCAAAGAAGAGAAGAAAGGUAACUAAAUCAAACUUGAUGAAGAGUAAAGGUGGUGGUCCAACCGAAUGUGACCUAAUGAUAGGCAAUGGUGAAGAGGUUUUUCAAUCUGGAGGGAAUGAUGCUGCAAAGAAUGAAAUGGUUUCAAAACUGCGACCAAGGAAGAAUAAAUGCAUUGACAUACAAGAGGAAGUCCCGGGGAUGACCAACUCUGAUGAGGUUGAAACCUUUUGUGGAAAUGGUACCAUUUCUAAGAAGAAAAGAAGGGUAACUACGCCACACUCAAAGAAGAUCAAAAGUACUGAUCCAACUGAAGAUCAUUCAUUACCUAGUCCAAAUUCAACAAUGUUAGUUAUCGGCAGUGGUGGAGAGGAUGCGGCAUUUAGUCGAGACAAUGCUAAAAGAAAUAUAUGUACUCAACUACCUGAGAAAAUUACAGAGAGGAUCAAUUCCAAUGAGGUUGAGACCUUCAGUGGAGAUGAAACCAUUUCAGAAUGGAUGAAAAGGUUGACUGAGUCACAUUUAGAGCAGGAUAAAUGUAUUGAUCAAGUUCAAAAUCAUUCAUCAUCUUGUCCAGAUCCAAAAUUACAUAGGGCAGUAGGUGGUGGUGAUGCUCCUAAUCGACAUUUGAGGAGUAUAUACACUAAACUUUUGCAGGAAAUCUCAGAGAUAAAUGAUUCUGUGGUGGUUGAGGCUUUAAGAAACAAUAUUGCUUUUCCGAAGAAGAAAAGGGCAACCAAGCGAUGUUUAGAGAAGAAGAAUGAAGAGUUUGAGGCAUUGGAUGGAAAUCAUGCUACGGUGAAGAAAAGGGUUCCUAAACCAUGUGCAAGGAAUAAAUCUACUGAGCCUUCCAAGGUUGGCCAGAGUCUUGUAUCACUCCCUGCAAGUCUAGAAAUAACAACGGCUGACACUGAUGGCAUCGAAACCUUGAUUGAGGAUGAUGGUGGCCUGUGUAAGAAGGGAAGAGCUUCUAACCGGCAUCCUAGGAGGAUCAGAUGUGCUGAACGGUCAGGAGAACAGCUGGAGUAUGCAAUAUGUUCUGUAAAGGCAGCUAAAUCACACACAAGUGGAAGUUCUGAAACACUGGAGGGCUCCCAGAGUAUUUCAUUAGCUCCAAAGUGUUCAAUUUCUAAGAUGAUGGAUCAUGGAAAUUCAGGGGCAUCUAGUGUUUGCCAACAUGCCAAAAUGUCAAGGACUAGAGAUAAAACUUAUUCCAACCAGAUUUUGGAAAGAAAUGAUGGGGAUGACACGACUCUAACUUGCUUUCUUCGUGAUAAAUUGAAGAAGAGAAGGGUUGAACUUUCUGAAAAUGGUAAUGGCGCUUGCUGUACUGGCUGUACUGGAGGAUCUGAUUUUGCUUACCAAGGGAAUAGGUCAACUUCGUGACAUAAACCAUGAAACAAAUUGCUUUCUUUCCUUCAAUUUGAAACUUGGACAAGCUGUAAUGAUGCCUAUAUUUUGUCCUCAGAAGAUGCAGUUAGUCAUCCAGAGGGGGUUCGAACCAUUUUAGCUGUGAUUAGUUGCAAAAAAGAACAUUAUUCGAUGGUGGGAUAUUUCUUCUGCAUGAACAGUACAAAAAUUAGUAAGCAUCAAGUGUGGAAAAUUAUUCUCAGAUCCGCACCCGCCCAAACCUGGCUGGUGAUAAGUGGAUUUGGAUGACUUAUUUUUCUGAGCAGGUCAAAAACGGGCUGGACAAAAAUAAGCUGCUUAAUUCGGGGGUUAAAUCGGGUUGAAUAUGGGUACCAGAAUUCCAUCCACUAUAAAGAUUAAAGAGAACCAGAUAUAAAGAUUAAAGAGAACCAGAGUGCGUCAAUUUAACCUAGCAUGGUCUCUCUCUUCUAUCUGCCUCUCUUACUCCUUCUCUCUCUUGUUCAGCCCUUCUCUUUCUCUUCGAUUUCCAUCCCUAAUCAUCUCCAAAUCUUCUCAGCCCUAAUAGUUUGUGAUAUCUCUCAGACGAUCGAGCAUGAGAAGCAUCGGCUUAGGGUUUGAAUCAUCGGAAGAAUAGAUCAGGUUCUUCUCUUCUUUUUUCUCAGUCCUAGUAUAUAUAUUGGGAUUUGUAAGACUUUGUAGCUGUUCGGUUUAACUGGGUCACCGUAUUUAUCUUUGUUUGUUAUAGGUUUUAUAUAUAUGUGGGUGUAUAUUGGUAUGAACAAUGUGUUUGUUAGUUUCUGAUUUCAUUGGGUUAACUGGGUCACCAUGCGUUUCUUUUGAGUUCUGAUUAUCAUAUUCUCUACUUGAGACAGAAAGCUUAGGUGGGUACGUGUUUUUUAUUCUUAGUUUUCAUUUAGUUUGCUAUGUAAUCGAUUUUCAUUCAUGGUUUUUGUCAAAAUUACUAAUGUGGUUCUUCUUAAGAAUUGCUUUUGAAAUUGUGACUUGGCAGAUAUAUAUAAAGAGCAAACACUAGUUUUUUUUGUUC